UAAAAUUGUUGAGUACAGUUUAAAAAACAAUAAAGCUUUACCUUAUCCUAUUUUGAAUUUAAUAACAGAAUCUAUUUCUGAAACAAAUUUAUACAUCUUUAUGGACACUCGUAAAAAAAAUCUUUGUUUAACACUAAAUUGUCAUAUUGAUGAGGAUAUUAAUAUAGAGCAGUUAAAAAAUAUGUAUAGUUUGUUAGUAACACACAUAAAUGAAAAGAAUUUUAUACCCGAAGAAAACAAUGACUUGAAUUUCAUAGCGAAAAAAAAUUUUAAUUCAUUAACUGCUCAAGGUUUAUUUAUGUGUGAACAAAUAUUUGAAGACAUUGAAAAAAUUGAGAAUACAUUAAUCGAUCAAAAAAAACAAUCGACUGCUUUAAAACAAGAAAUAGCUAUUCUCAAGCUAGAAAAUUCUAAGCAAAAUUGUAUAAUUCAAUUAUUAAAAGAAAAUGUCCGCGAAACUCAUGAGUUUGAUCAAUCAUCUGAGACACAAGGUCAUAACCUUGCUGAAUCAGAGUUAAUAGAAGGGAAAUCACUUAUUGUUGAAGAAAUAAAUCAAUUAGAAGGUUAUAUUUAUACGAAUAUUGAAGAAUCCAAUUUAAGUGAACUAAUUAAUAUUUUAAUUAGAACAAUAUUGGAAAAAGAAGAAUAUUUAGUAUAUCAAAACAAACAACAAUUACAUGAUGUCGAAAACUAUAAUUUUCAACUACUUAAAGAAAUCGAAGAGCUUAAACAAUGGCAACAUCACCAAGAACAUGAAAAUGAAAAACUUCUUAAUGAGCUGGAAGACUAUAAAAAGUCGAAUACAUUUUUUUCCAUAAAAGAACAAGAGAUUUUAAAGCUUAAAGAACAUUUUAUUAAAAUACAAGCUCAAUCUGAUGAUUAUCUUAAAGAAUUAACCUCGUGUAAGUUAUUAAUGCACGAAUGUCAAGAUAAACUAGAGGAAAAAGAACUUAGAUACAAUGAUGCAGUAGAGCUUCAUACUAUCGUACAGUCGAAUCUUGCUGAACAGAUUGAUAAGUACGAUAAUCUUCAUUUGAUGUAUAACAAAGACAAAAAAAAGUGGCAAAAUGAUGAAAUUAAAAAAAAGAAGCUGAUCACGGGUAUUAAUUCUCAACUUGAAGAAAAAGAAAAAUUAAUAGAAGUUUUGAAAGAAAACAAUUUUAAACUUACACAAGAACUAACUUUAUCAGAAAAUAUUGUUGAAAACUAUAAGCAAAAAAUUAAUUGUUUAGAAGAAGAAUUGAACGAUAAAAAUAUCAAGAUUCAAGAACUACAAAAUUCAAACAUUAAACAUAAACAACAAGAUGCAUCCUUUUCACAAUUAACAAGUGUAGUAAAAAAUUUAAGUAUUAUUGAUGAUCGGUUGAAUAUUUUUCAAAACUAUCUGAUUACUUUUAAAAAUAAAAUUAAUGAAUACGAAAAUGUAAUUAAUGGCAUACAAAACUUAGUUGAUCAAAAAUGUAGUGAAGAAAAUUUAGAAGAGCGUCAUAUUCAUAUUUUAAGUAAAAGCAAAGAAGCUGCUUUUAAAGAAGAAAUAAAUUGUCUAAAACAAAAAUUGGAAGCAAAAGAUCAUCAAAUCACUAUAGUGGAAACUAUAGCACAAUCUCAACUUAGAGCUGCCACCAAUACAAACAUUAGUUUGGAAAAAUAUAAAAAGUAUCAAGAGAUUGAAUUAAGAAAUACAAAAGCUAAACUGGAAACAUUAGAAAAAAAAUGUCUACAGGACACGAAUAUUUGCAAAUAUUACAAAAGUGAUACUCAGAUUGAAUGUUUAACUGAAUUGGUUAAAAAAUAUAGAGUUAAAAAUCAAAUUUUAACUAAGUUAUGCAUUGAUCGUCUUGAGAAAAUAAAAUUACUAAAAAACCUCGAAAGUCAAAUGAGUUUACAAAACAACCAACGAUUAUGUUUGAAAAAAAAUUGAAAAUUUAAUAAAAUCAUCUUACAAUUAUUAAUGAAAAAUAGAGCACCAAAAAGAUAUUUAAUUUUUGUUACUGUAGUAAUUUAAAGGAACAUAAUUUAUUUUUAAGUUACAAUUUAUAGUUAACAUUUUUAAUACAAUA